UCCUGGUCGUCGAAAGAAAAGUGAAAGUCGAUUAACAGACUGUUCACAUGACUGUUGAACUGUUUGCUACUCUGCUGAGCAUAUAGGCUAGGCAUGUUUAAUGUUUUCACAGUUAACGAAUGGUUUACAUUUGUGUAGGCUAUUUAUCCAAAAGUAGUAUACGCUAUGAGGCUUUGUAGCCUAGGCUAUGAUGAAAGUCGGGGGUGGGGGCAACACUAGUCUCCAUAAUCAUCAUCCUACAUCGUUAUGAGUACUGUAGUCUAGGCUACGGGAGGCUACACUGAACACAAUGGCAAAUGCGUCUGAGGUGUUUCAUAAACUAAUUGUUGAUGGAAAAACGUUUGGUUCAUUUGAUGAAGCUGAGAAAAAGACUUAUGAGUUGAUGGCCCGACAGAAAACUACAGGUGCCAAGUAUGACAAACAAAAAGCAAAUUAUCACUCUACGGACCAACUUUACAAGAAUGAUUGUUCACCAGCAGGACCUGUGGAGGUGGACAAUACAGUCAUGGCAUACAUAAAUAAAAUACACUCUCAGGAACUAAAGAGAAUAAUCGGGGAGGAUGUUCAGAUGACUCCAGUAAAAGGAGGGAAAAUAAUGUCAUUCAAUUCAAAGCAGACAGUACUUGCCCAGUUUGCAAGACAGAAGUUCAUUACUUUCUAUCAGAAGAUCGCCACAGAGUUUCAGAUGAAGAGGUUUGAUUAUAAGCCAUCGCAGGUGAAGUUGCUUGAAGCUGAGUUUCCAGAUCUGCUGAUUGCCCCCAAUACCAAUAAAUCGUACAUUAUAGUGACGGGGGGCUACAAGAGCAUCGAGAGACUGGAGCAACUUUUGAAAAAUGAUAAAAGUCCAUCGAGAAGUGUUGGGCAUACUACACAGCAGGUCAAUGUAAAGGACUUUGUUUCUCCAGCAACCCAGGAUUCAAAAGAAGUUGAGGAGGAAACCUGUACGAUUUGUAUGGACACCUUGACAGAAAAGGAAACGUUGUCCAAGUGUAAACAUUCAUUUUGCAAGAACUGCUUGAAGAGGGCAUUUCACUUUAAGCCCGUGUGUCCAAUCUGUGGUGUUUUGUAUGGGGAGCUGAAAGGGACCCAGCCUGAAAAAGGCACCAUGAGGGUCACUAAAGAAGACAAGUCACACUUGCCGGGAUAUGAAAGAUAUGGCACCUUUGUAAUUGAGUACUACAUUCCAGGCGGAAUACAAGGGGAAGAGCACCCCAGCCCUGGGCAGCCCUAUGAGGGGGCAUCACGUACAGCCUAUCUUCCAGACUCCUCAGAGGGCAGAAAGGUUCUGGGGCUGCUGCAGCGAGCCUUUGACCAGAGGCUCAUAUUCACCAUUGGCCGGUCGUCAACCUCAGGCAGGAACAACGUUGUCACAUGGAACGACAUCCAUCAUAAGACCUCACGUAGUGGUGGCCCGAGCAGCUAUGGUUACCCAGAUCCGGAAUACCUCUCUCGGGUGCAAGAGGAGUUGAAGGUGAAAGGAAUUUGUUAAACAUAAAAUAACAUGUUUUAUGAUCCAUCAAAUGGAGCAUCUGAUCCUGCAUCUGUUAAACAAGGAAAGACAUGGCAGCUCUACUUUCAGUUUCAGUUGAAUAUACCAUAGAGAUAAUGCAUUGUAUGUUUUGCUGCACUAUACUGUUUUGCAUAGUUAUAUGAAAUAAGAAUAUACUUUUCUAUAUUUCCAACAGUAUUUGAAAUAUUGGAUAUGUAACUGACUGUACUUUCAGUAAGAAGUAUGAGAUACACUACACUAAUGCACAAAUGAGUUGCUUUAAUCAUAAUAGAAUGUAAUCGUAAGUGUUCAAAGACAAAUAUGUUAAUUGAUUUUAGUGGUUUCUGUAGUAAAGAUUGACAAAUAUGUUCAUUUGAAUAAUUCACAUGUCCAAACAGUGAUAAGAACUACUAGAUCAAUGCAUGAUGGGCCCAAAUGUGUCUGCAUAUGCAUUGUAAAAUGGUUUGAGCCAUCUACUUUUAAACUGCAGCAGGUUAUAUGAAAGACAGUCUAGGUAAAGGCAUUUCUAAAAAUAGAUUUCAUAUA